AUGUCAGAGAACAUUGCUUACCUUGCCAACAACAGCCGAGCUCGAAGCCCAUUCCAGCAGCAUUUUGAGAAGAAGCAGCAGAUGAGCACUAAGAAGGAGACAAGCACACUAGCAGACAGCACACCAGACUCCACCGCAGUGCAUAGAAAGCCCUUCCUGCGCAGUGGUAGCGGCCUCAAGAGGCGUCAGGAGGCUUCCACCUCAGAGAAGCGAUACGUACCCAAGGGCGGGUUUGUGCUAGACUUUACAGAGACCCCUGAGCCUGGACAGAGAGGCAAGAAACUCACUUGCACACCAGCCAAACCAGCAAGGCAACGGGAACCUGACGUCAGACACAGAGCAGCGAGCGCGACUUCGUCCCAAGCCAGUGUCACACCGUCCAAAUCGCUGCUCGAUGGGGAAGCAAAGAGAUCGCCAGCCUCUAGCAGGACAAAGCCAAGCUCGGGGGCUGCAAGGAGCGGCCUGGCUGGACGGUCAGCAGCUGGGCAGGCUGGCAACGGACCCACAGAUGUGGGCAGUGGGGCUAAGAAGGCCCCCGGCAGGGCGACACUAGCAGCUGGACUUGCAGACCAAGCGGCCAGGCCAGCAGCUGGCCGGCAGCAAACAGCGCGGUCCAGCAUGCGCAGGCCUGGCCCACCUGCUGCAGGCUCAUCACCAGCCCCAGCAGCUCCCCAACCAGCCGCGCACAGCAGGGUGCGCGGCUCUGCCGCAGAGGCCCUCCCGGCAUCUGGUGCUGUGCGACAGGCAGCAAGCUGGGCAGUUGAGGCAGCAGGGAGCAGCAGGGGGCCGCCCAGUCAGGGGCUGUCACAGAGCGAGGUGGAUGCUGAGGAGUUUGGGGCUGGAGUGGACUGGGAUGAGGAUGCUCCCAUCCUCCCUGACAAGGAGAGGGGCUCAGGAGCCGACCUGCUGGCUGUGCCAGUCUCAUCAGUCAAGGAUGGAGUUGUGCUGUCGAGCAACGCAUUGUCACCCUUUGUUCAGCAGCUGCUCUUUGGGUUCCAAGUGGAGGAUGCUGCAGGCAGCAGAGCCCUUGUGCACAGUGGUGGUUACGCGCAGCAAAGCAUGCUUGGAGACAGGCAGGGUCACUCACAGCGAGGACACAUCCUAAAGCUGAAAGUACAGGUGGAGCAGGCUGCAGCGCAGUUGGAGAAAGACAAACAGGAGUUCCAACGCAAGCGGGCUGAGGAGACCGCUGCAUGGGAGAAGGAGAGGGACGAGCAGAGGAAGAAGCUGCAGCGGGAGCGCAUGGUGCUCAACAAGCAGAGCCGCGCCGUGCUCAAGCUGCCGACCAAGAAGGACCGCGCUGAGAUGGAGGCGCUGGAGGCAACGUUGGCAGAGGAAAGGCGCACUGCGAGAGCCAAGGAUGCGCGCCACAAACUCAUCGUUGAGCGGCUGCGGCGCCAGAUUGUCGAGCUGCAGGAGAAAAAUACGGAGCUGCGCGAAGAGGUGCGCUGGUAUGAGGAGCAGAGGCUCAAGUCCUGGGCGCGGCAAGAGGCUGCCAGCAAGAAAGCCAGCGCAGCCUUGCUGCCCAGCAUAUCCCCUCUUGCUGUCUCGCUGGCCCAGGAUGCAGAGGCACUGUCAGACCCCCCUGCCCCAUCAGAGGAGCCACUUAACAUGCCGCCGCCGCAGCAGCAGCAGCAGCAGAAUGAGCAGCAGCAGAAGCAGGCGCCUGUGGCGAUUGCGCAGCGGCCAUCUGCACAAGAGACAGGCGCUGUCCUCAUGUCUGGCAGCCAUGCUCAAGCCGAGGAGCCGCACCAAGCAGCAGCUGCUCCGCUCGCGCCCGAGCCAGCAAAUAGCGCAGAACACAGAGCAGAGGCCUCGCAGCUGCGGCCUCCAGAAAGGAGUCUUUCGGAGUCGGCCUCGCAAAUUGCCCCUGCCGCAGUCGUAGUUGGGCAACCCGAUGGCAGCUCGGCUGGCAGCAGCACUGACCUGGCAGCCAUCCUGACCAGGCCUCAGCGGCCGCCGGCCAAGCCUCUUCCGCCGGUGCCGCGCUUCGACCGGUGGGACUUUAGGAGAGAAGCGGGCCCGGCCGCGGCCGACCGGGGUGGGGCCGCGGUGCAGCUACGAGUGGAGUGCAGCGCCGCUUCUGCACCGGCGUUCCAUCACGCAGUGCUGUCCCCCUUCCUGGAUGACAUCGGCAGCGAGGCCGUCUACUCUCCCCUGCGCGCAUCCAUGCGCGCCUCCGGCAACUCCUUCUUUGGCAGCAGCAGAUUCGACGGCGCGGCCGCCGCGCGGACCAGCCGGCCGGCAACGCCUGAUCUGGCGCGCCUCAACCUCCGUGAGAAGCCACAUCUGGCCGCUGAUGUCAGCCUGAGCCGUGCCAGCAGUGUCCGCUCAGAGACUGAGGCAGGUGAAUGCAGCGAAGCUGCCACUCGGAGGAGCGCAGCGUAUGAUGCGUCAGCAUACAAGAACCCGCCAGGUGCCGCCUCUCGGCCGCAAAGGGGAGCCAAUGCUCAUCAGGGCUUCAGCCAGCCAGAGCAGGCUUCAGUGAGCACAGAAUUGCGACCCCUCCACCACCUAAUCAUCUCUACUUUGCCACCAAGUAGCUCUGCUGCGUUUGGGCCACAGCAGGCCAAACUGCAGGUUGCUCUGCCCUCGAGAUCGCUGGAGCCCAAGCUCGCCAGCGUGGCAGGGGGCGCACAAAGGACGGCGAGUGGCCUUGGCUUGGCUGCUCCGGGGCUGCUUGCUCAUGGGAGCGUCCCUGUGCAGGAGACGAGGCACCCGGACGGCAAAGUGGAGCGGGUCUUCGGCGACGGCCGCCGAGCGCUGAUCUUUGCCAACGGGACGCUCAAGGAGCACUUCCCGGACGGCCGCAGCAUUGUCAUGUUCACCAACGGAGACGUCAAACGCACCUUCCCCGACAGCACUGUGGAGUACUUCUAUGCUGAGGUGGACACCUGGCAUGCCACACACUCAGACGGCGUGGAGGUCUUUUACUUUCCCUCGGGCCAGACGGAGACGCACCACCCCAGCGGCCUGAAGGAGAUAUUGAGCGCCGAUGGCCUCGUGCGGCUGGUGCACGCGGAUGGCAGGGAGGAAGAUGCUGCGCGCAGCCAGCUCAGCCGCGCAGCGCAGCGGGGCAAGCCCAGCCUGGACUCCCAGGCACUGGCCGCCCUCAGGAUGUCCAUCAGCAGCCCAGCCUGA